AAAUAAUUGUUUUUAGUUUGUAAUAAUGAAUCUUUCGAAUACAAAAGACCAAAAAAUCCUAGAAAAGAGAGAAAGAGAGAAAGAAGAAGGAGAAGAACAGAAAAAAGAUGUGGGAAAUAAAGAUAUUUGGAAUAAUAGUGGCAAUGGAAGUGGUGUUUGUGGGUUCAAAUACAAUUACAAAAGCAGCUAUGGCUCAAGGAAUGAGCAACAAUGUUUACAUUACUUACACUCAUGCCAUCUCUCUAUUCAUUCUUGCUCCCACCACUUUCCUCUACCACAGGAAAACACCGCCUCCUCCUAUUAGAUGUUCUACAAUUUUGCGGAUAUUCUUGCUUGCAAUUAUCAGCUAUGGUUGUUCUAUGUUCUUCUAUGCUGGAAUUCGUAAUAGCUCACCGACACUUGCAUCAGCAACAAGUAAUCUCUCCCUUGCUUUCACUUUCAUUAUAGCCAUAAUAUUCAGGAUGGAGAUAUUGAACCUAAGUUCAAAAAGUAGCAUAGUUAAGUUAAUAGGAACAAUAGUAUCAAUUAGUGGAGCAUUCGUUGUGAUCUUCUACAAAGGACUCCCAAUUAUUGCAUUCCCUUCACCAAACACGCCAUCUCUUGAUGUUCAACUUCAAACUCAACCAAAUUGGAUUGUUGGAGGGAUGUUUCUCUCUAUAAGUUGCAUACUUGUCUCGUUUAUAUAUGUUACAAAGACUUGGAUUGCGAGGGACUUCCCUUCAGAGGUGCUAAUAACACUAAUUACUUUCUUCUUUGAGACUAUAUUGGCAGCCAUUGUUACUGUUAUUGCAGAAAAGGAUUCAAGUGUUUGGACACCAAACUAUGGUAUCGAAUUGACAGCUAUUCUGUUUGGGGCUGUAACAGUUAGUAUGUUAUAUAUUGUUGAUAUAUGGUUAUGUAGAGUGAAAGGUCCGGUAUUUGUAGCAAUGUUUAAGCCACUUCAAAUGAUUAUAGCAGUUAUCAUGGGAGUUUGUUUCCUCGGAGAUGUUCUGCAUCUUGGGAGUGUGAUCGGAGGAAUGAUCAUAGCGCUUGGAUUCUAUACGUUGAUGAAGGGAAAAGCUGAGGAAGAGAUACUUAAAAAUGAUAUCAUCGACAAUGCAAAUAGAUUGACAUACAAUAGCAUAGAAGAGUCGUCACAUCCUCUAAAAAUCCCUAUGUUACAUGACCAAAAGCAUGGAUGCAUAAUUGUUUUCUCUUCAAAUUCACCCAAUUACUUAUCUUUUCGAUAAUUUAAAGACACGCUGAUUUGUUUGCAUUGAUGAUUGAUGGAGUGGGAAUGUGGGAUUUUUCGCCCUACAUAUUGUUGAGACACUAUAUGAAAAUAAUACACAUGUUUAAGUGUCCCAUAACGGAGAAGAAAGGACGUAAUAACAAAAAUAUAAACUUGGAGAACUAUUCCUUCCAUUGUCAAAA